AAAUAAUGUACCGCUUCGUAGAGGAUCGCCUUCUUCGCGGAAAAGCCCUCAAAUCUUAACUCGAGAAAAAAAAAAAAAAAUUAUUUUCAGCACAGUACUCUACGAGCUUCGAAGGUGCUUCUUGGAUGAAUUUUGUUAAGAAAUUGAGACCAACGAAACCCUAACUCUUCUCGCAUUGUCAGAUUUUGUAGUGUAGAUAUAGAUAUAGAUAUAUACAGCUUUGUAUAUACGUACGAAACCCUAACUUCUCGGAUUGAUUGCGCGGGAAUGGUGGCCGUGGGAAUUGAGCGAAUGGAGAAAGAGGAGCGGCGAACCAGGAAAAGGCCUCGGUCCGCAUGGGACGUUGGGCCAUCAGAGCCGGAGGUUGGUCUCGGGUUUUAGCUGCGGUUAGGGUUCUAUAGGGUUUUGAAUAUCUGCAAGUGCACAGGCCAUCAAUUCAAAUGGCUUACAUGGUGAUUUUUGUAGGCGCAACGUGCUUUGGUGCCAGCUAAUGAAGGGCUAGGAAGGCAUGCAUCGCCUCCGAAACGGGACGAUGAUCGCGAAGGUCAUUACGUCUUCAAUCUUGGCGAGAAUCUCACUCCGAGAUUGGGUUGGUGUUGACCGGGAACAUCUUUUUCUCUGUAUCUAAUUCUGGCAGACAAAAUACUCAGCAAAAUGGGUGAAGGUUAGCUGUCAAGUGAUAUGCUGUCUACACGCUUUUAUAUUUUUCUCGUUCUGCCUGUGUCAUUCAAGCAUGUUGCUAGUUCUGUAGGCACAUUUGGUCGAGUUUUGGAAUGUUGGGACCGCCAAGCACGAGAGUACGUGGCAAUCAAGGUUGUUCGAAGCAUUAGGAAAUAUCGGGAUGCAGCAAUGAUUGAGGUAGACAUACUUCAACAUCUUGCUAAGCAGGAGAAAGGCAACUCACGCUGCGUGCAAAUUCGAAAUUGGUUUGAUUACAGAAAUCACAUCUGUAUAGUCUUUGAGAGGCUUGGGCCAAGUUUAUUUGAUUUUCUAAAGAGAAAUAAAUACCACCCCUUUCCUGUGGAUCUUGUGCGGGAAUUUGGACGACAGCUUUUGGAAUCAGUAGCAUAUAUGCAUGACUUAUGCUUAAUACACACUGAUUUGAAGCCAGAAAAUAUACUUCUUGUGUCUUCUGAAUAUGUAAAGCUUCCUGGAUAUAAGAGGGUUUCUACAGAAGAAAUGCAAUACAGGUUCUUGCCCAAGUCUAGUGCCGUUAAGCUGAUUGAUUUUGGUAGUACGACUUUUGAUAAUGAGAAUCAUAGCUCCAUUGUUUCUACAAGACAUUACAGAGCUCCUGAGGUCAUUCUAGGUCUAGGAUGGAGUUAUCCUUGCGAUAUGUGGAGCUUGGGUUGCAUACUUGUUGAACUUUGUUCGGGUGAUUCAUUGUUUCAGACACACGAAAAUUUGGAGCAUUUGGCAAUGAUGGAGAGAGUUUUGGGGCCUCUACCAGAGCAUAUGAUUCGAAAGGCUAACCGAGGUGCAGAAAAGUAUUUCAAGCGAGGUUCACGGCUGAAUUGGCCUGAAGGAGCAGUUUCAAGGGAGAGUAUUAGAGCUGUUAAAAAGCUUGGCAGUUUAAAGGCAUUGGUAUCUCAAAAUGUAUAUCCAAGAUCCUCCCUCACUGACUUGUUACAUGGACUAUUAAAGUAUGAUCCAUCUGAACGUCUCACAGCACGGCAAGCUCUCGAUCAUCCCUUUUUUGGGAAUCCAACCUGACCAGCUUCACUAUGUUAGAUAAGUUGAGCAAACUCUACUUUGGUAGCUCAUUUUACCACCUGUCUGCUAAAGAGAGAGAGAGAUGCUCGGCAACGGAUUAAAGCUUGUCAAUUGUCAUGCUUGUGAAACGCUGGCUCAAUGAUUCUUUUUUUGUUGUCUGUAUGAAUUCCCUCUUUCUUUCGGGUGGGGUGUAAAAUGUAGAAGAUAAUAGUCAGCUUUCAUGCCAUGUUAAACAUACACUAAAAAGACAAAUAAAAAGAAAACGCAAUUUUUUUUCA